AUGCGGCCGAUCUCUCUGAUUGCCGGGCCGCUGUUGGGGUCCGCGAGGGAACCGCGCCGGGAUCGCCUCGUCGUGAUUUCGGAACCCCACGUCGUCCCGCCCUCCGCGAUGGCGGUUUGGGCUCUCGCGAAGGGCCCGAGCGGGCGGCGGUUGGAGUUUAGCCGAAAAACCCUUUCAGGGGAUCCCCCCGGGGGGAUUGCGGAGAGGGGGCAAACGGCCCUCUUGGAGGCUGAGACCCCCACCUCGGCGUUAUUUACGGAGCUCGCCAUGACGGUGUUGAAUCUUUGCCGCGUUCUCCCGCCCGCGGGGGUGGUUUGCUUUUUUACCGCCUACGAGAUCGCGCACGCCUUCACCGCCUUUUUGCGUCGUAGUGGGUACUACGAGCAAAUCAACGCGGUGAAGCGGAUCUUCGUGGAGGGCGAACUAUCGAAUUCGCACACAACAAAGACAACAACAUCCAUAGGGAAUAAAAGAGAGAGGGACUGUGCGGUAUUACCUGAACGCCUCGAGGAGGAUCAUGUGGGGGACCUCCCACCAUCAUCCCCGAUGCCGUUUGCGAGUCUCGGCCAAGGGGAAGAGGCGGCGGGCGUAAACAAUCGCGGCGUGGAGGCCUUAUUGGCCGAGUAUCGAUCCUACAUCCUCGGGGGGGAAUGCGAUCGGGGCGGGACGCCGGAUCCCACGCCCUCCCGCUCAACCGGACGGCAUCCCACCGGCGCGCUGCUGUUUGCGGUUAUGGGAGGACGCCUUUCGGAGGGGAUCAAUUUCAGCGAUGACCUCGGCCGCGCGGUGUUGGUGGUCGGUGUUCCCUAUGCCAACCCAACGGAUCUCGAGCUUCAGCUGAAUCUUCGCCAUAUCGCCGCGAUGACAGUCACCAGCGGCGGCGAUAUCGAAUCGACCGCCAACCAACCACACCACGAACAAUCGUUAUCGACCAUCACUACGGCGUUUAUCGGGGGUGAGGGGGGAAAUCGCCAUUCGCAUACCGAACGGUCUCUUGCGCAGGCGCAGUGGGAGCUCUACACGGAUCUGUGCAUGCGAACGGUAAAUCAGUGCAUCGGUCGGUGUAUUCGCCAUAGUCAGGACUACGCCGCGGUGGUCCUGCUUGACGCGCGGUACGCGGAGCGGGCGGAUAUCCAACGCCGAAUCCCAAGCUGGAUUCAACCUUCGCUUAAAAAAGCGUCAAACUUUGGCGAGUGCUUUCGCGGCGUGCGCGAUUUCUUUGCGCAGCGAUAA